ACUAACAUAACAGUCAUUCCAUUCCAGAAUCAUCAUCAAUCCAGCAGACACACAAAAGAGACGGAGAAUUUGCGAGAAAAAAAAUCAUCACAAUUUUUUACCAAUUUGCAAAACGUACCUCGUAAACGUCUCAAAUUUCAAUUAAGUUAAGUGAAACGUUAAGGGCACGGUCAGGUUGACGCCGGCGUCUCCGAGGAUCAAGGAAUCAGUCAACAAGACGAGGAAAAAGAAGAGAGACAAUAUUUAUUAUUUAUCAGUUAUUUAAGUGCACAGUUAAAUCGUCAUCAUGUCGGAACCACGAGGUCGCAUGGAACAUUUUAAGAACAAGGGGAAAGAUCAGGAUGAAAUGCGCCGCCGCCGGAAUGAGCAGACGGUUGAGCUUCGCAAGAACAAAAGGGAAGAAACAUUGCAGAAGCGGCGAAACGUUCCCUCCGCCGAGUUGACGGAUGAAGAGAGUGACAAAACCCCCGUCGCGGGGGCCAAUCUUCAAGCCCUCGUCCAACAAGCGGCCGACUCGACACAACCAGAAAUCCAAUAUCAAGCGGUGACCGCGGUGCGCAAGUUACUCUCCUCGGAUCGUAAUCCACCCAUCGAUCCACUAAUUAAUUGUGGCAUCCUCCCCAUUUUGGUCAACUGUCUGGGCGGCACGAACAAUUCCACCCUCCAAUUUGAAGCAGCCUGGGCCCUCACCAAUAUCGCUUCCGGGACGUCCCAGCAAACCCAGGCGGUCGUCGGGUGCGGCGCCGUGCCCCAUUUCCUCGCCCUCUUGGCCUCUCCACAUCAAAAUGUGUGUGAACAAGCGGUCUGGGCGUUGGGCAAUAUAAUCGGGGAUGGCCCACAUUUACGCGACUACGUCAUUUCCAUGGGUGUGGUGGCCCCCCUUCUCAACUUCAUCCAGCCCGAGAUUCCCAUCACUUUUCUCCGCAACGUGACCUGGGUUAUUGUCAACCUCUGCAGGAAUAAAGAUCCCGCCCCGCCACAACAAAGUUUGGCCGAAAUCCUACCCGCGCUCAACGUCCUCGUCCACCACACGGACACGAACGUUCUCGUCGACACGGUUUGGGCCCUCAGUUACCUCACGGACGGAGGGAACGACCAAAUCCAGAUGGUCAUCGAUUCUGGCGUCCUGCCCAAACUCGUCUCCCUCUUGUCCCAUCGUGAAGUCAAGGUGCAGACAGCGGCCGUUCGGGCGGUAGGAAACAUCGUCACCGGAACGGACGAGCAGACCCAGGCCGUCCUCAAUUGUGACGCACUCGGACAUUUCACUACGUUGCUGACCCAUCAGAAGGAAAAGAUUUGCAAGGAAGCCGUCUGGUUUUUGAGCAACGUGACGGCCGGAAAUUACGCACAGGUGCAAGCCGUCAUCGACGCGGGGUUGAUCCCGCUCAUUAUUUCUCACUUGGAAAAGGGUGAGUUCCAAACUCAGAAGGAAGCCGCGUGGGCCGUGUCUAACAUGACGAUAAGUGGGAAUAAGGAACAAGUCUCGUAUCUAAUUUCGUGCGGUGUUAUUCCACCAUUUUGUAACUUGCUGUCCUGUAAAGAUUCACAGGUCAUCCAAGUCGUUCUGGAUGGGAUUCACAACAUGUUAAAGAUGAUUGGUGGCGGUACAAGCGAAGAGGUUGAACGUGUCUGCGGCCAGAUCGAAGAGUGCGGUGGACUCGAUAAGAUCGAGAGUUUACAGAAUCACGAAAAUCUCGACAUUUACAAAAUUGCGUAUGACAUCAUUGAAAACUAUUUUUCGGAAGAUAUCGACGAAGAUCCCAACCUCGUUCCAGAAGCAACGGUCGAAGGAACGUUUCAAUUCGACCCCAACAACGCGGCCGGUCCUCAAGGAGGCUUCAAUUUUUAAUGAACUUAAAUUCCAUAACUAUUUACAACUAACUAAAUAUUAACUAUCGCGCUGUUCUUCUCAUUCUCUUCUCCUAUUCCUUAGUACUAAAUAAGUUUAAAUAUCAUGUAAAGAUUUAGCAGGAUGGACUACUUCUAACUAAAAGAACACACCCUCUGACGUGCUCCAAUGCCCGGAUUGAUUUUAUGUCUCAUUAAUUUAUGAUCAGUUAUAAUAAUUUAGGGUAACAAUGUAAUUAAUUAGCAACAUAAUUGUGCAUUAUCCAAAUUAUUAAGUAAGUAAAAAAUGACACUAACUGUUGGCAUGAGUGGGUGUGGUUUGUACGUCUCGUGGUUUGCGUAUCUUUUUGCCUCGUUGUUUUUUGUUUUUCGAAUGGAAAAAAACUUUAUAAUGUGAUAAUCUCCACUAUUAAUUAAUUAAUUAUCCUGUAAUUAGUUAAUUUAGUUGGUUUAGUUAACUAAUAAUUACGAUAAUUAAUUAACUCAUGAGAAAAGUAUACCUGAAGAGUGAAGAAACCGUGGAGUGUGUACGCAAGCAAUCCAAACGUUUUGACAAGACUGCAAUAAUUAUGAUAAGUAAUUAUCAACAAGUGUAGUUAAGUAAUAGUAAUUUAUAUGACGAGGUGAUGAUAAGCCAGGACGAUGGCGCUAAAGAUUUAGUUAGUUAAAUAAAUAGCUUAGUUGUUAUCUAGUAGUGGAUAAGCGUAAUUAAUUAUUUAAUAAUCUUGUCGCCUCCUCGUCAAAAUAAUAAUUAAGAUACGGACAGACAGACUGACGACGGAAUUAAUUAAUGAACCAUUUCGACAUCACGAUUACGCCAAAAAGUUAAAAAUACGAAAAUGUGUCGUGCCGUGCGCGCCAUAAUAGCAGUUAAGUUAAUUAAUUACCUUGAUUAGGAUGUAAAACUAUGCAAGUGAGUGAGCUGACAACGACGACAGUUAGUUAAUUAGUUAAUUUAGGGCGAUGAUACCAUGUUAUCCAAUAAUUAAUUUACGUUAUCAAUUGCUUUAUUAUGACACCUUCGCUCUGCAAUUAAUUGCUCUUAUCAUCAUCAUCACCUUAUCUUACAUACACCAAUCUAUGCAUAUUCUCUGGAGAACAACAAUAACUAUAAUUAGUUAAAUAUUGUUAAAAGUGCCGUUAUUAUUGUUAUAAUUAAAUUGAUUAUUCAAGUCAGUUAAUUAAUUGUUCUUGUUAUACACAGCUUUGAUUGCGUUUUGAAAUGGAGCCAGUUAUUUAAUAAUUCGCGUUAAAUAAAUGUUUUUGCGAAAUUACUAAUUUUUACGGAUUUGAUUUAAUCGAGUUGUUUUAUUAAUUAAGGAUUGAGUUAUAAUUAAAAUAUGUUAAUUAGUUAAUUAAUAAGUAUUGUUACCCUUUGAACAAACAAUUAAGAAGAUGAUGUACGCUCAUAUAAACUAUUUAAUUGGAUCAUUAUCAAAAAUCGCCAUACAUGAAUAAAGAGAGAACCGCUUGAAAAAAAA